CGACUAGCGCCUCCGCCUACAGCAGCACGCCCUUCCCCCUUUCAUUGAGGAUUUUAUUUAUUUGACAGACAGAGAUCAUAAGCAGGCAGAGAGGCAGGCAGAGAGAGAGGAGGAAGCAGGCCCCCCGCUGAGCAGAGAGCCCGAUGUGGGGCUCGAUCCCAGGACUCUGAGAUCACGACCUGAGCCUAAGGCAGAGGCUUAACCCACUGAGCCACCCAGGCACCCUGAAAACACAAUCUUGAUACUAAAUUCUACAAUCAGGAUUUACAGAGUUAUGUAUGCGAACUUCUUCCUGGAAAUAUCAACAAUUUGGAAUUUUAUUGACAUGUUUUUGUAUUUAUCUGAUUCCUUUUAAAAAAAUGGAACCUUGUUCUUGUGAUACUUUUGUGGCACUACCUCCAGCAACUGCUGGUAACAGGAUUAUUUUUGGAAAAAAUUCAGAUAGAUUGUGCGAUGAAGUACAGGAGGUAGUUUAUUUUCCUGCUGCAGUUCAUGAUAACCUGAGAGAACAUCUUCAGUGUACUUACAUAGAAAUUGAUCAAGUUCCUGAAACAUAUGCUGUUGUCCUUAGUCGCCCAUCUUGGUUAUGGGGGGCAGAAAUGGGAGCCAAUGAGCAUGGAGUCUGCAUUGGAAAUGAAGCUGUUUGGGGAAGAGAAGAAGUUUGUGAUGAAGAAGCACUACUGGGCAUGGACCUUGUCAGACUUGGCCUUGAAAGAGCUGAUACAGCUGAAAAAGCCCUCAAUGUCAUUGUUGAUCUAUUAGAAAAAUAUGGCCAGGGUGGAAAUUGUUCAGAGGGUAGGAUGGUAUUUAGCUAUCACAAUAGUUUCCUGAUAGCUGAUAGGAAGGAAGCGUGGAUUCUGGAGACUGCAGGAAAGUACUGGGCUGCAGAAAAAGUACAAGAGGGCAUUCGUAAUAUUUCUAAUCAGCUUUCUAUAACAACCAAGAUUGAUCGGGAACAUCCAGACAUGAGAAACUAUGCUAAGCGGAAAGGUUGGUGGGAUGGUAAAAAGGAGUUUGAUUUUGCUGCAGCAUACUCUUAUCUUGACACAGCCAAGAUGAUGAUUUCACCAGGCAGAUACUGUGAAGGCUACAAGCUUCUGAAUAAACACAAAGGAAAUAUAACUUUUGAAGCAAUGAUGGACAUUCUCCGAGAUAAACCAAGUGGCAUUAAUAUGGAGGGAGAAUUCCUGACCACCGCAAGCAUGGUUUCUAUUUUACCUCAAGACUCCAGCCUUCCUUGCAUUCACUUCUUCACAGGGACUCCUGAUCCUGAGAGAUCCGUUUUUAAGCCUUUCAUAUUUGUACCAAAUAUUCCACAACUCUUGGAUACGAGUUCACCAACAUUUGGACAUGAAGAUCCAGUUAAAAAGAAGCCACGUUUUCAGUUUAAGCCUGACAGAAGACACCCACUCUACCAAAAACAUCAACAGGCAUUGGAAGUAAUAGAUAAAAAGGAGGAAAAAGCCAAAACCUUGUUGGACAACAUGAAGAAACUGGAGAAAGACCUAUUCAAAGAGAUGGAAUCAAUUCUUCAAAACAAGCACCUUGAUGUGGAUAAAAUAGUUAAUCUCUUUCCUCAGUGUGCAAAAGAUGAAAUUAGAAUUUAUAAGUCAAACAUUAGUCCUUAGUGGUCAUGUAUGGUGAGCAAUCUUCUUUAAAGUCAGAAUCUAUCACCUAUCAUCUAUCAUCUAUCACAAUGUUAUUAUUGGUAAAUGAUAACCUAAUUUAAGCAGAUCUGAUUAUUCUUUAAUAGCAUUUACAUUAAUGGCCUAUGAGAACUACAUAUAGCCUUGCUGAAAUAUUGAGAAUGAAAAUAACAUUGGAAUUAGGCAUGUAUAUCAUGGGAUAGCCAGGAGGUAUUUCAUGUAUUUAUUUGCCUAUUUUUUUUUUAGCCAUAAUACCUUUUAAAAAUUAUAAUAAUUAAAUAUUUAAUUCUUCAUAAAACAAAAAAUAUUAAAAUAAUACAUACAUUUAUGUUUAUUAUAGUUAUGUUUGGCCUCAAAUAAUUUUCUCAUUUACAGAAAGCAGAUUUUUCUUUAGUAAUGGAAAAUAUUGUUUCUCAAGUAAUGAGUUUUUCUCAUUAGGCACAUACUAAUCAUCUCUAACAAAAUAUCCUAAAUUUACACAUUGUCUUAUUAUAAUGUAUUAAUUAUGCAAAUGCACUUUUAUUAAACUCAAACAUGCUUUUUGUCAAGGCUUGGCUGACCAGUGAGCUUUUAGCUCUAAUUAUCAAGCAGUUUUUCAGCCAUGCAUCUUUAUAGGCUUUAAUAUUUUUAGAAGAGCUUGUCUGGGGAUUAGGAAAUGGGAUAAGGGAACCGAGAUCUUAGGAGACACUAUUUAUGUGUCUCAAAUCUUUCUCAAAUUUUAUUUCUGUUCACUCAGUUAAAAACAGCAACAGGAGUGAGACAGUGGCAAUGAAUAGGAUCGUUAGUGUAUUAUGAACGUUAAGAACAUUAUAGUGUAUAGCGUAUUGUGAACAUUAUAAAUGAGUAAUAUCUACCCAAAGUUUAUAAAACUUUGUCAAAGUUAUGUAGAGAGGACUCAAAAUUGCAAAUAUAAACAAAAGAAAAAUCCAACUCAAAAUAACACUAUUUAUUGGUUUCUACAAAUAUCUAUUUUAGGUAUUAUCAUAUUUAUUGGUUACUGUCACUGUAAUUAGGAUUAUGACUAAAGUAGUGGAUCACUGUAUCUAAAGAGUGCCAGGAAAUUUUUUUUAAAAGUUCUUUCAUAACAACCAUAAUCUGUCUGAUGUUGUUCUUGUCUAAUACAGGGCUGCCAUUACAAAUGAAAAGAUAUUUGUCUCAAGGACUCAGUUAAUUCUGUUUGCCUUAGAUAUGGUUCAGUGUUAGCUUCUCCCCAAAUCAUGAAGACCCCUGGCCAACCCCUACACCUCUCUUCUCUCUCUUAAUAUAUGAGGAAACUAAGGGGAAGGAGUCCAUUCAUUUAUCCAGGGACACAUACUUGAAUCUUAUUUCUCUCCCUAGGGCUAACAUAUUUUCUCUUUCUCUUCCCACACCACCCUAGACUCAGUUAGCACCAUCUUUCACCUGGACAACUGCAGCUAACUCUUUCCUAUACCCAUUCUUGUUCUCUAUCUCCAUUCACAUGGGUCUCCACAGACUAACUGAUCUCUAAGGAAUGUAAAUCUAAUUAUGAAUUGCCCUCCUAAAACUUUUUUUUUUUUUAAGAUUUUUAUUUAUUUAUUUAUUUGACAGACAGAGAUCACAAGUAGGCAGAGAGAUAGAGGAAGAAGCAGGCUCCCCACUGAGCAGAGAGCCCGAUGCGGGGCUCAAUCUCAGGACCCUGAGUUCACAACCUGAGCUGAAGGCAGAGGCUUUAACCCACUGAGCCACCCAGGCGCCCCCCUCCUAAAACUUUUUAAGAAAAUAUAUUUUAUAGCAAGUUUUAGAUUUAGAGCAAAACUUAACAGAAAAUAGAGUUCCCAUAUACCUCCUGUCCCACCUCCAGCAUCCCCCUCUAUCAACAUCCCACACUAGAACAGUACAUUUGUUAUAACUGAUGAACCUAUAUGGACAUAUCAUUAUUGCUCCAAAUCCAUAGUCUACAUUCGGGUUCACUCAAUGUACCUUCUGUGGGUUUGGACAACUACAAUGAUGUGUAUUAAUGAUCAUAGUAUCAGACAGAGUAGAUUUACUCCUUUAAAUAUCAUCUGUGCUCUACCUAUUCAUCUCUCCCUCCCCAAAUCCCUGACAGCUACUUAUCUUUUUUACUGUCUCCAUAGUUUUGCCCUUUCUAGAAUAUCACAUAGCUGGAAUCAUACAGUAUGUAGCCUUUUCUCAUUUGCUCUUUAACUUACUUAGUAAUAUGCAUUUAAGGUCCCUCCAUGUCUUCUUAUGGCUUGAGAGCUCAUUUCUUUUUAGUGCUGAAUAACAUUACAUUGUCUGGAUAUCUUGGUUGCUGAUGCCCACUAUUGAAAGACAUCUUAGUUGCUUCCAUGUUUUGGCAAUUAUGAAUAAAGCUGCUAUAAACAUC